AUGGCUUCACAAAAUCCAUCAACUGCCUCUUCUAGUGGUAGCAGUAGCCUUUCUUCAUCUCCACCUUCAUCUGCCUUUGCAUCUCCUCCUUUAUCACCAACUACCACCAACAUCAAUUCCAUUCCUAAUUCACCAACUGCUUACUUGAAACCAGUUCUUAAAAAACCAGUUGAACACGAUCCAUUAAAAGAUCUGAUCUCUUAUGCUUGUGAAUUAAUGUUGCUCAAUAACAAAAAUGAUAAGACUGCUAUUGAUAAUAAAUUUUACGAAAAGAUUUUCAACAAUCGUAAUUAUGGCCAUGGCAGUAAAGCUUAUUAUUAUAAUAGUAAUGAUAAAUUGUCAUCACCACCCGAGUAUUAUCAUCAGCAGGAACAACAAAAACCAAAAAAGAAAAAAUCUAUUAGAUUUAGUCGUAAUUUGGAGCAAGUUCACUACACUCCUACUCAUUAUUCUAUCAGACCACCUCCUGCAAGACGUAUAAAUAUUCUUGAAAUGGUUGUGGCAUUGGCUUUGCAGUUAUCGUGA